ACAAAAGAAACCUCAUAGAUCCCCCUUUGAUUCUGCUCAUCAAAGGCGGUCACUUGUUAAGGGCAUGUGUUAUGAGUUUGGAGGAGGGACCAGGGUUACUUUUGUAACCCAAGUCAUUUAAAUAGUGUCUCUGCUCCAUCCAUUCUGUACACUUUCUUGAAGUAUUGCACACUUUUGACUGUUUGGACGAACACAACUGCAUUCUUCAUAAAAAUGGUCUUUCUUGCAGGGUUGGCUGGCUUGCUGCUGGUGUUGACAGUAGAAGCCAAAAUUGGGAACUCAGAUCAACCGACAAGCUUCUGUACUGAGACUAAAGAAUGUCUUCUGUACGAUCUGGUUUGUGAGGGUGACGGCUAUGAGGUGCGUCACUAUGAACCCGCGAAAUGGGUGACAACAGAACAGAAAUCCUACAUCAUGGAAGUCGCAAUGGCAACAGCCUUCGGAAGACUGUUCAAAUACAUCACUGGCUCAAAUGAGGCUGGUUUAAAAAUUGAAAUGACAGGUCCAGUGAUUUUCAAAACAGAAGACACAGGCAAUAUGUGGGAACCGACCACCUACACCAUGAGUUUCCUGCUGCCAUCUGCCCACCAAAGUGCUCCUCCCAAACCAACUGAUGAAACGGUGUUCUUCACAGACAUGCCGGACAUGAAGGUGUACGUGAGGAGCUAUGGGGGAUGGAUGUUGUUUGUGUCAGACAAGCUCCACUCUCACCUUCUGUCCACAAAGCUGGACAAUGUCGGGGCCACUUAUGAUAAGAACUAUCAUUACGCUGUGGGAUAUGACAGCCCAAGGAAAAUGUUGAACAGGCACAAUGAGGUCUGGUAUGUGGCUGAAGGAGAACCAGUGUGCUCAUCUCCUGAGACCAUACCCUCCCCUUGAACACAGUCCUAAUAAGAGAUCAAGCAGUUUGGAGAUUCUUUCGUAGAAACGUGUUACCUGCCUGAAAAUAUGAAGCACCUGAAAAGGAACUACACGUUUAUCACAUCACGUAAAAUGAAAAUGUCAUGUAUCCAAUUACGUCCAAUAAAAUACGUAUUAGCAU